CAGCAAAAUAUCUCUUGAGCCCACUUUCCUUCUCCUCAGUGUCAGUUUGUUUUCACUUAUCUUAACGUCGAUUGGAUUCUGUAGUCAAGCGAGUCGAGAAAAAAAGCUAUAAAAGUUUUAAUACUCCUCCCAAAACGAGCAGAGAGGAACUCCGUGUUAGUUCAAACUCGUGAGCCGGAAAGUAACAACUAGAAGGUAGCAAGGAAGGCUAAUGUUUAGCUUUAACAAGAGGAGGUGCGCUCUUUUCUCUAACAGUUCAGAUGGCUGUACGCUGGCUAUGCAGGUAAGAGUGACAGUAUGGAGGUGUCGAAGUUGUGUGAAUGUAUUAAGACUACAAAAGUGGAGUAAUUCUGUCAAGGUGGGGCAGAGUCAGGUGAUCAUCGGGAGCUAGCUUAACGCGCUGACAGACAAUGGCACUCUCAGAGAGGAGAGGGUCUGGGUGUUGCUUUUUGGACCUCAAUCAGGUGUAAGAGUCAUUUAAGAGGUUUUUGGUCGUAUAUUAAUCUAGGUUUGUGUGUUAUAAACUGAUACUCAUUGAGGAAGCCCCUCUGAUGGUCUGUGGGAGGGGCGACACCAGCCCGACCGCAGUCCCUCUCAGUCAGUCCGUCGUUUGGUGCUGAAGCUGACCGGAGCAUCCUCGCCUCUCUCUGGGAUUACCUCCACCGGACGCCCCCCCUUUGCUCCACGAACAGCCCCUGCUUUGGCUGAUGGACAAAGACACCCGUAAAAAUGUGCGCGAAUGUGUUCGGAGUUCUGAAAAGGUGAGGAAAUGCUGCUGCUGCUACUCGGGCGCGCGCGUGUGUGUGUGCGCGAGAGAUAGAGAGGCUACAGCUGACAGCUCGUGGGGAUGCUUCAAGGUGUUUCAGUGAGGUGCAGAGGUGUGGUGGUGUCGUCGUUCCUAAAAUAGGAAGGGUACCCCCCUUCACGAGCUGCUGGGAGCGGGGUUUUCAGCGGUGACAUAAUGCGCCAUGCUCGUGCAGGAGGAGCGGUGCAUGCAGCCCGGAGCUGGGGAGAAGGUGCUCGAUAUGUUUUGGGGGGAAGGAAAGGAGGGAGCUGCUUACAUGUUACCUCAUGCUUUAGUUGACCGUCAUGCUGUGUGACUCAUAGGGAGGGGGAAUGCACGUAAUGGUCUUUGUCAUCAUGUAGUAAUCUGCAGAGUAACAGACGAGGAUCAUCCCAUUAAUCUGAGUGUCUAUGAACUAGGACUGAGCGAUUUGGCAAAAAAAAAAUGAUCGCGAUAUACUUUGUCAUAUUGUCCGAUCGUCCGAUAAGUAUCCCGAUCUUUGUGUGUAUUUUUUUAAACUGCCAGUUUUAAAGCAUCUUUACUAAAAAGUAAAUGAUCACGAUAUACUUUGUUGUAUCAUCCGAUCUCGAUUAUUAUCACGAUUUUUUUCAAACUGCCAGUUUUAAAGCGUCUGGACUAAAAACUUGACUAUACACGUCAAGCCCGAUGCGAUUUUGCGACUUUCCAGGGGGGAAAAGACCCAUCCCAGCGAAGACUCUUCCUGGGGAAAGUCCCGCCUCCUUCACCUCUGAUUGGCUAGGAAAGCUGGAAACGUAAUCGCACGCUCAAGCCAAAUGGUCAGCAUUUAUGGCCAAUCAGAGGCGAUAAGAUAAGCACAUGAAAUUAUGGUAACAAUCGUGAGCUUACGUUAGCACAGAUGAAAGUUAAAACAAAGGCGUUUAGCAAACUGUUAAAGCACACAAACCAUCGUCAUAUGAGAGAUCGGACACUAUGUUGUCCUUCAGGUCGUUAUCUUUGUAAUAUUUGUGGGGUUUUUUUUUUAUCAAAAAGCACUCUGUUCUUCGACAUGUAAACAAUCAGCUGGUCGGCCAUGUUGGAUAUACCGGUGAAUCAGAUGUCACAACAACACACUAUCUAAAUGGUCAGAAGUGGACACACAGAAUGCGAAACUUUAGAAAAAUCGACCACGAUCCGAAAAAAUAAAUGCCGCAAUAUUGCAGGACGGGAAAAUGUCGCUGACGUGAACGCUGUUAUUGACAGGGUACGGGUUUGAAAAAAAAUAUUGACGUCAGAAAUAAUCACACAACAAAAACGGUCCCGGUGUGCAAGGACCUUAAUGAUCACAAUGUACUUUGUCAGAUCAUCUGAUUGCGAUUAUUAUCUCAAUUAUUUUGUGUUUUUUUAAACUACCAGUUUUGAAGCAUCUGUACUAAAAAGUUAAGAAACUAGAGAUUAGUUCAACAUUUUAUUAACAUACAAAGCUGUUGUGACACACAUUUCCUUUAUGUUUGAUCGGGUAAAUAUGCUCUCAGCUGAUCAACGUGAUCAAAACGAAACUUAUCACGAUUAUUAAUCACGAUCAUAUAGUAACUAUUUUUUUUUGCAUUGCCACUUUUUUUUUUGCGGCGUUAACUUCCGUUGUUAACUUUCCGUUGUUGUGGCUUUUUUCAAUUUUUUAUCUGCACUUUAUUUGCAGCGGACUUGGAUUUCUUUUUUUCUUUUUUCAUCAGUAACUUUUGUUGCAACCACUUUUUUUUGCAUUCUUUUUUUAUUUGCAGCAGUGGCAGUUCUCAGACACCAUAGAUAAUCCACAAUCCUUAAAUUUCAAAGUCCUCCAGGCUAAAAAAAAUGACCCACUCUUAGGUGACCUUGUAGCCCAGACCAGGAGUAAAGUGCAAGUCUUAGGAAUGACGUACAGACUUUGACCACGGGACCGAAGGUUGGCAGAUUAAGGAGUCAGUGGAGAACAUAAAUAAGAAGGCAGCUCAUGUAGAGAGAGAGAGAGAGAGAGAGACAUAUCAAUCCUCCAGUCUCCUGUUAUAUAAGAAAGACAAACCAAGUUCCUCAUACAAGCCAAGACCAGAGAUAAAUUGUGGCGCAGCAUGGUACACUGAGUCCAAAGUUCCCCUAGAGAAUGAGGUAGAAGGACACCACUAUGCGUCCAAACAUCAGAACAUAAGAAUUAAGAAAAAGACUGAUCCAUUAACUUUUAAAUCAUCAGUCUACCUGCACAAAUCAUGAAAUCUGAUCAAAUAAAGGACGCAAAGUGCUUCUGAAGGGCAAAGAGUAGGAUUUAUGUCACUGAAACUACAGUGAGGAGUCGCAAGGUCAUGAUGUUUUGACAGAAAACCUAGUUUUGUGCCAACAGUAUUGUUGUCUUCUGGUGCCAAAUAUCAAUAAUUCCAUGAAUUCAAAGAAAAUAUUAAAAAAAAUAGAUUUCCCUUGUGUGGCAUGAGUGAAGAUAAGACUGUCUCACCAUGUUUUGUCUCACCCCUAUUGUACAGUAGUGAUGUUCUACACUCCAGCCAGUGGUGGGUGUCUGCGUUACAUCUCAGACACAACAUAUGAUCAAUCUUUCUAUGAUGAUAAAAAUAUUAAUAACUUGUGAAGCUACAUUUGACAUAUCACUUAAAUAGCACCAGAAGUUGUUAUUUGAUUAUAAAAAUAGUUGGAGAUCAACUAUCCGGCCAUUAAUUAGUUCAAUGACUUGAUAAAUCGAUGUUGCCCUCGUCUGCUGAUCACAGCAGACCUGUCCUGAGCCGGAAGAGUCUGCCCCCUUCUCCUCCUCUCUCCUGGACCAAAUUAAGGCACGAGGUGUUUGCCAAGCUGGAGUGGAUUUUACCGAGAUUAUCCUAAUAAAUACUCAGAUUUGCAAGCUCUGGCUCAUGCUGUUCAUCCACUCGUCUGUAAAAGCCCAGCCCCCUCGCCCCUCUUACAUAAAAGUACUUUAGGGAGAUGCUAAUACAUAAUCCUGUCUAUUCUAAUAAGUGUCACUGAUGCUGUGAAUAACAAAACAUCAUAUUGUGGGCUAUUCAUAUCCAACAAUCACAUUGUGCUUUCAGGCACACCUCGGCUGGUAAUGACAGCGGGUCACGUGACGCAACCUCUCCCCCCUGAGUCGUGUUCUUGUGCUGAAACUCCAAUCCGCUCCUUAUCUUAAUCCUGUGUUUUAGCCUGUAGAUGGAGGGAAGUUUACUUUGAUGUAGGCAGGGCGUCUUGAGCGUUGAUGGAGGGAAUUUCCUCACCAGCACUUUCCCCUUACUCUCUCUACACUCUUUUAUUUAUCUCUGUUUGUUUAAAGGCUGGAAGUGGUCUCUCAUUUCUGGAGAUGUACGAGGGUUGUGCUACGAUCACGGAUGGAUUACUGAGCAGGCUUAUCAGGCAAAAACAGAGGGGUCGAAAGAAACUGCUUCAAAUAGCUCGAGCUAAAAUCUGUUGUUAGGUCUCAGAGCUCAGUUCAAAUUGCGCCGUAUCGCAAUAUUAUGUAAAGAGAGCUUGAACUCAUCUAACUGCUGUUUUUCAUGUUAAAUGCAAUACCUGUGUUUGCUGCGUGUUCCUGCUGAAUCCAAAAUUAAUCAAUUUUUCAUAUUAAAUUGGCUCCAAGUAGAUUGGAUAUAACCAGCAUUAUUGCAGAUAGGGCUGGGCGAUAUGGACAUGACAUCUAAAAACCUUUUUACUUGUUCGUCCCCGCCCGUUUGCAUUGUGUGAAAUACGCUCCUCCUGAAACAUGGAGUGUUUUAUUUUGAAAAGAAGCCGGAUGUUUUAUUUUGUGUCUGUGCCCGACUUCCUUUUCAGCACUGGCUGAAUUUAACCUGUUAACAUAUAACUCUUGCAAUCAGCUGCAGAGUCCAGUGAUCCGCAGUGGGACAGAAAGAAGCCGAUGGAAACUGACACAUUAACUAGAACGGUUACGAUCAGCUGCGAUCGGCGGAUACGGUCUUUUUGUAGCCGUUCCGGAUGCGGUGGAAAUUGGGGGUCGGGUACAGUUUUCUUCAUGCUUGUUCUUAUUGAUAAAAUAACCACAUUCACAUCGCAAUCAAAGGUGGGGAAGUGUCCUGGUAAAAAGUUCCCAGUCUCCAUGUCCUUAGAGCUGGCUGUUGUACAGGUUAUUGCUACAGUGUACAAGCUCGUGGAUAUGUGACAUAUGGCUGCAGCCCCCCAGCCGAGCACCUCAACUCUACACAACAUCUUUAGCCAGCUAGCUUCUUGCUACUAAUCCUGAUCAAAUGACUUCAUAUUAAGAGAAACAAACCACACCAAGACUAGAGGACCAGAGUGGUUUCUUUGUAUGAAAAUAGAACCUGAAUCUAAAGCGUCUUCCAGUUUCACAGACACUCGGCUCAGACAGAGCCCUGCAGUACUCCGAGUUAUACUGUCAGUGUGGAUCCGCGGUUUCUGUAAGCUUUGAACUGGAGUCAGACAGCCUCCCUUCAUCUCUGAAGUGAGCGCUGAAGUUCAGGUAUGGCUUUUUAACCCACAGCACCAGAGAGUUCUGGUGCGUCUGUAUAUGAGAGACGAGAAAGAAAAAAGCUACAAAAUGAGAUGCAGAAGAAUACAGAUGAUAGAAGAUGAUGAAAAAGUCAUGUUGAAUGACCACCAAGACAUGUUAAAGGAUGAAACUAUUCUUAAAUCAGGAAUACACAGUCAUACUUUUAAGCCUCUGCACUGUGGGCAACCAAGUCGGUGGCCAAAGCACAUCUUUUGUGGCCCACGUUAAAACCGUGUAGAGUUAGCGAUGCAAAAAAGAGAUAUUUGAAUUUCUGUUUUCACAAACAGGCCAAAGCAACCGGAUUACUUUUUGACUGUAUCUGCGACUCCAGCUCUUUAUCGAUGGAGCGGUUCAAAAAGCUGCAGCACCAACCUUAACUCAUACUAACAGUGUGUCUUGCUAGGUUCGGAGGUAGAGCCAUCUUCAUGGUUGGCUCAUGGGUUGUUGAGCUCUGGUAAGAGAUGGUAAAAAAAUGGCCAGUUCGAGAGAGAAAAUAUUACAACUAAGAUUCUAAAUACUAAAAACAUGAAAACAAAGAGUGAGAUAGUUUACUCAAGAGAACAAUAGGCACAAAAAAAUCAGAAUAAAAACUUUGAAGAGGCAAUUUUAUGUCAAAGGGGUGAAACUUUCAAGUACAAAAACAGAAAAAAUGACUACAAAGAAAAAAGAUAGCUGUCGAAAAAACUUCAAGCAAACUGACUCCAAAAAGGAAAAAAACUAAAAAUACUCAGACUUUAAAAAAAAAGGGUAAACAGGUGAAAAUCUACAACAAAAAGAAAAGACUCCUCAAAAGUGAAAACAAGUGAUUUAAAGCUCCCUCUACUGGCUGGUUGUAAUCAUCAAAGCUUGUCCUCUCCAUGUUAACAGAUGGAAUAUAGCCCAAACUCUAAAGUUAAAAUGCAUGUUAAAUAAAUGUUCCUCAGACACGGUUUCCGUCAUUAAAGUUAGUUCUUAAUAUGCCAAUUGAAGUCCAAGGGGUUAACUUUCAUAGAAUUAAAUAUAAGCUUGUUAACUGAUGGGCUAAAAAAGGGAAAUAAUGCUACGAUUGACAGCACUGAUGAUGACACUGUUGAUGAAAACAUACAAACAAUACAUCAUUUAAAAUCAUUUUACAGUCUCUUAAAUGUCAGUACUAAUGGAUAAUGUUUAACCAAACCUUCCAGAGGUCAGUGUGAUGUCUUAAGGUAUGUUUGUCUGACUCCAAAUCCAAAGAUAUUUAAUUUAAAACAUGACUUUGACAAAUGUCGCAUUAGAGAAGAAAGGACAUUUUGACAUUUUGGCUGACACGAUAAUUUAAUCAUAAAACGCUGUUACUAAUCGGACCAAAAAGUCACUUUCUGCUGAAGGCGUAUUUCUAAGUCGUGGAGCUGAAUUGGAAGUACAUUUCCCGGCUCCAGGCACCUGUGACACACUUUGUUUAGCCAAAUAUACCCGCCUGAGAGCGGGGACGCUCUGAACUGUUGCAUAUUUUGGGUGCUGGUCAGCUGCGUUUAUCUCUCCCGUUCGGGGUUUAAAGCUCUGUGUGCAGGCAGGAUCGUUUUAAUGUGGAUUAGAGAGCGAUCAGCGUCAUGUCAGCCACCGAGCCGGGCAGAGGCACAGCAAUACUCCGACUGGUUGUCAUGUGGGUGUUCUUCUCCAGACCGAAUGUAGGUUAACCUCAUUCAUUGUCUUGCAUGAUUGUAACGGCACCAUUUCAUGAAUUUGUUAUGUGGGCACUUCUUCUUCACGUUCUUUCUUUAGCUGGGAUGGAUUUGAUCGAUUCAGAGUCUCACAGACAUAUAAUGAACUGAAAAGAGGUCAAGGGCAAGAAGAGGCGGAUCUGUUUAGUCGUUUUGUUUAUAGAACUCAAAUAAAAUCAUCGGAUUUCUGAGUCUGAGAGGCUACGCUGUGUUGAUAAAGCACAGGAUAAUUUUGACUCAGAGCUGUUUAUUAUCUGAGGUCAGUGGUUUUAAAGCAGCCAAACUAAUCUGCUCAUGUUUGUCGGAGCUUCAAUGAGCUUUUUUAUUUUGUUUUUGUGUCAUUUAACAAGCGGAUUUGUGUAUAUUUUAUGUGCGGUUGCAGCUCUGAACUGCAGGGGGGGCCUUGGCUUGUAGUGAGCAGAAAGUCAGUGGAGUCAGGUAUGUUGUUGGGAGUUUUCAAAAUUUGCAAAUUUACGAUCAAGAUUGAGUUUUUGCUUUUUAGAUUAGAUUUAAACUAAUUGGAUAUAAUAUUCUUGGCAUUGAGUGUUUGAAUCAGAUUUUUCCGAACCUUAAAGCUCCUGUGAGCAACUUUUAGUUUGUGUCAAAAUUAGCGCGUCCUCUGGUCCUCUACAUACUUUAAGUGUCUUCUAAGAAAUCUCUUCAUUCUGCCUUUAAAUAGUCAAAUUUGUUGUUAAUAUUUUCUGUAAAAAUAGCAAAAACAGAGCUGAUUAGCUGACAUUUACCCUCUCACACUGGUUUCGAGUAUCAGAAACGACACCGUAAAAUCAUCAGUCUUGAACAGGUUUUAGAAAAAGCGUUCAUCACACCUGCUUUAUUCAUCCUGAACACGUGUCAGUUGUGUUUCCUGCUGAAUAAUUUCAUCCUGCUGUGUUUUAAAAGUCACAACUAUCACUCACUGUAAGUCUCUGCUGUGGGAAAUGUCAACAAAGGCUGUUUUUGCUGCGCUUUGUCUUGAUCAAGCACCUGCCGUACAGCAGAGGUUUCAGGCAGAAUAAUAAUCAUAAUAAUUUGUUGCCAAAGAUCUGAUUUGCAUAAACUUUAUUACUGAGUAUAGUGUUCAGGUGAGGCUCUUGGUGAGGUAUUACUGGUUAAUUUAACACCUUUAUGAUGAUGAAGAACUGGAUAUUCAGAGGAAGUCCUACUGCUUUUUUGAUCUUAUAGCAUAAAUAGAUAUAUAAUGAGUAGAAUAUACUUUGAAUCCAGUACAAACUGUGGGAUAAAACUGCUGAGAAAUUUUCACUUUUCCAACUCUUGACAAAAACUAGAACGUUUUAAACUUUAGAAAAGUAGGACUGGGUGAUAUGAACUCGAAAUAAAAUCAUUUUUCAUGCUGCAUAUGUUAGUGUUUUCUGGUUCGCUGUGGUCUCGAACAGCUCUCUGUGCCUCAAACGUCUCCCACUCGCCUGCAUGCUUCUGUCUGUGAUGCAUAAAUAACUCAGUCGUGCUGCUGCUGCUUUUAUUUGUCACUGAAGUCAGGCAAACUUUGCAGCUUUGGACAUUGUUUGCUCGAGGUCCAACGCCGCGAAAAAAGAACCAAGAGGAGCUUUUUCUCUGACAACAAACUCCUCGUUUGUUUGUAAAGGAUGAUGCGCAGUGAACAGGUGGUUAGACGAAUCAGAAUCCUGACAGGGUGAGGAAGACCCUUAAAUCAAACUGAGGUGAACACGACUAGGGGUGGGAGAAAAAAAUCGAGACAGCAUAGUUAGGGAUAGUUUGCCUGGUGAUAUAUCGUAUCGUCACAUUUACCAAGAAUCGAUUUUUCAAAUUAACUGCUCAUACGAAGUCAAAUCUAUGAUAAUGGGGAAAAAAAUAAACCAAUGGUCCAGGGUCUGUGUAUUAUCCAUCCAUUCAGUUAUUCCAUUCAGUCUAGUAAACGAAAAACAAAAAAAAACGAGUUGAUAUUUUGUUUAUUUGUUUUUCUAUAUAACCAAAAAAUAAAAGAUUAGUGUUUGUUUUUGUAUUUUCAGUUCAAAACAGAAUAGAGAUGGAAACCAAAACACCGCCUCUCCGACCACCAUCACACAACACUCACAAUCACACACCAGUGGAGGACACACACUGGGAGCAAGGUGGGUUAAGUGUCUUGCCUAAGGACACAACGAACAGGCUUGGGAUAGGGGGGAAUCGAAACGCCAACCUUCCAGUUGCUGGACGACCGCUCUACCUCCUGAGCUACUGCCGCCCCAAACCAUAGGAGAAACAUACAGGAAAGACAAAUGCUAAGCUAUGCUAAACUGUUAAGCUAAAUUAGCUUAGAAGUUGAAAAAAUUAUAUAAAUCGCAAUAUUUUGUAUCACAAUGCUCACUGUAUUGCAAAAUGUUAAAAAUCGCAAUAAUAUCGUAUCGUGACCCAAGUAUCGUGAUAACAUCAUAUCAUGUGGCCACUAGUGAUUCCAACUGCUAAACACGACUCGUGCAAGAAAGGAUCUUAGUCAAAGUUUAUGAUCCCUGAGAAGGUUUUGUUAUGUAGAUAUUAGUCUGAGAUUCAGGAACCUUUUGUUGGAUUCUGUUCAGACUCCUGGGAAAGUUUGACAAAAGUCGUCCAAGAAAGAAAAAGAAAAAUGGAGGUUCAGUUCUCCAAAUGAAACGACGGAUCUCGUUAGACAAAGCUGGUAACAAUCCCAGAAACCAGUUAGUAAGUGACAGCAGAGUAGUGGAGCGUCAGGAUCGCUCACACGUAAAAAUGGAUUAUUUUCAUGUUUAAUGACUCUUCAGCCCUCAAGGCGUCUCCUCCGACACGUCGAGCUCGGCAGAAUGGACUGCAAAUGGGAGAUACAGCUCUGUACGCUCGGAUGAAUUUCUGCCCGUGAUUUUUCUGUGUGUGCCUGUGGGCGACCGUGCAACACAACAGCCAUUGUUUUAUACCAAAAGGGGCAUAUUUUAUGACUGUAAUGUACUGUCAGUGUGUGGAUGAGAUUAUUCCUGCUGCAGAUGUCGAGAGAAAGAAGUCAAACUUUCUUUUCCAGGUGAUUCAGACACAGAUCGGCUGAUUAGUUGGUGGUGAUUUCCGUGUGUGUGCCUGAGGUUGUAGAGUUUGUCUUUUUGCCAGCUGCUCUGGAGGAGAUCCAGACAUUAGUCGGGGGUCCUAUUCAACCAGUGAGCGUCUGAAAAGAUACUUUUGAAGUCCUCCACCCCGUUCUGUCCCGUAGACAACAAUGCGAGCUCUGCUGAGGAUCUGUUCCCGCCUGCUCUGAAUUGUUUCUCAUUGUUCUGAUUUGACUUUCAUGCCGCCUUUUUUCUUCCAGCCUGUUCGGGAAGCCCUUUGAUGGAGGGAAGAGGAUGGACCAUGGCGUCCCGCAGCAGCAGCAGCAACACCCGAUGGAGCAGCAGCACCAGCCGUAUCACCCGCAGCACCCUGCUAUGAUGCGGCUGUACGAGGUGCAGAAGGAAGUGGCGUCUCUGGGGCCUCAGGUGUGCACCUUCAGCGGGAUGCAGAACGAUCGAGACUACAAACGGCUGGAGCGAGAGCUGACGCGGCUGCUGCUGGAGGUGGACCAGGUGGACACGGAGGGCAAACCGGAGCUGCAAGGCGCCAGAAAGAGGGCGGCGCAGGAAGUGGAGGGCCUCCUGCGCUACUUGGAGGAGAACGCCAGUCAUCCGUCACGUCUUGCCAUCGAGGAGUUGAGCACCCAUGCGCGGCAGCUGGUGGACGAGCGUGUGGUGGCGCCUCAACGUUCAGGCGGGGUCGCUGAGAUAAACGACGAGCUGGUGGACGCCCUGCAGGAGCUCGUGCUGAGGCUCACCCAGGUCAAGACCGAGGGGAGGGUGCCGCUUCGCAAGGCGCGUUACCGAGCGCUGACACGCCUCUGCGCCGUACAGGAUGUCCUCGAAGGCCGCACGCAGCAGCAGACCCUUUCUCUGCCGCUGUCUGGGGAGACUCAUGAGGCGGUGAACCGAAUCAACCAGGUGAUGGUGAAGGUGAGCGUGGCACGCAGUCAGCUGGUCGCUCUGCUCAUGGGGCUGAGCGGGAGAGACAGCUGCGCCCACUUGUCCCGGAUCCUGACGGAGAUGCAGGUGGAGCUGGACGCUCUGGACGUUUCCGGGAAUGCGGCGAUCAGGAAUUACAGGAAACAGGUGGUGGAGGAGAUAAACGGGCUGCUGAAACAUCUGGACCUGGAGGGGGAGGGAGAGGACACACGCAGGUACAUGCACGCGGGUUAUUAAUUUUGUGUAAACAGAUUGAUUGUUAAAGCUCUUGACCAGAUUCUCAGAUCAGGAAAUAUUCAACUUUCCAGGCGGUUCUGCUUUUCAUCCGCAGCUUCGGAGGAGAACCGAGUAUUAUUGUUGAAGUCUGAAUCAUGCUUCACUGUCAGGAGUGAUUUAGACCCCACUCACUAGAGGAAAAAACUGAUCACACUAAAACGCCCCCCUCAUACUUCAUCAUGUAUAAGCAGACAUGAGUAUUGAUUCAAGGACCACUCACAUGGUCUCAUUUGGGCUCCUAGUUUUGAGGCUUGAUUUACAGCCAACAAGAGAUUUGUUUUAUGUUUAGGAAAAUAUCGGUGUAGCGACUGGGGUUGAGGUGCGCUUGCAUCUGUGACUCAUUAAUUCAUCAGUCCAGUUGAGUGUUAAAGGUGAUUUAUUGCUCAAAAAGGAAAGAAAAGUUACAGUCUAAUACUAAUCCAGGUCCAAACGUUUGCCUUCAAAUGAAAAGUGAUAUGAUGAAAACAGAAAAUUAUCAGAGCUCACUAAAACCCAUCAUCUCUGACUACACGAGUGUUAUUAAAUAACCAGCCAAACAUCCCAAAACCACACCCCUCAGUGUCGAUCCCCAGAAGUGACAUACCGAUUAGAAAUCAUAGCCUCGACAAAUAUAUUUUGGCUCCUACAAUCGGGGUGAAAUAGAAAGUAUAUGUCACAUUUAACCACAGUGGAGAUGUCAGCAUUUUGAUAUUAUUGUGCUCUGAAUUGUCAGACCAGCCAGAAUAAAAAAGAUUACUUUCUCUGAUGGAGUCUGAAUUGAAACAAAUAUUAGAGAAGAUGAACAAAACUUAAAGACUGACUCCUCUAAGCACACCAUGGAUCAAAUAUGACAUUUAAAAAUGUCUAUGCAUUUAUAUAGUUGGCACUCAGUAUUUGCCAAAAUGACCAAUUUAUUAGUUAUCCAAAGAGAAAUUUCAACUAAGCAACAAGUUUAUUAUAAAAAAUACCAUAUUUUUCAGGCGAUAAGGAGCACCGAAUUAUACGGCACACUGUGAAUUAACGUGUCUAUGUUCACACAUUAGGCACACCAGAUUGUAAGGCGCAUUAAGCAUUAAUUGGUUUAUUGUUGCUCGCGUGUAUUCCGGGCCCAGGUUGCUUUACAUGGAUGCACUUUUAGUUUAGACAUUACAGUGAGGCAGUCUUGUGCACUCCUCAGGGGUCCUGUUACGGGAACGAUCGGGUGGUGACACAGCGUACCACGAUCCUCCAAAUAUCCAUUGAGCGGAGCGGCUUCAUUGCUUACCAAAGUCAUACCAACACAUUUUGACAGAUUUUUGAGCGCAUUGUGCUACACAAAAUCAGUCAGCAAGCACGACAAGUUAUCAGACAUAAGGCGCGCUGGAAUAUAAGGCGCACUGUUAAUUUUAAGUGCGCCUUGUAGUCCGAAAAAUUGAGUAAUUGGGAAACAUCAGCGUCGGACAUGAUUUACCGGACAAGGCUAAGCUAGGUUUAAACAAUAUCUUCAUUCAUUUACAGAGUGUAGCUAACAUUAGAAGAGCUUAAGUGCACACUUUCCUCUUUUACUAAUUAUGUGGUAUUGUUGAAAUUUUACAUUUAAAUUUAAUAUGAUUCGACAAUGUAUGAUGUGUUGGUCUUUGUGGUUUAGAAGGACAUUUUGUUAGUGUGUUUAUCAAAUGAGGCCGAAUACUGUUGGUCUUUGUGGUUUAGGAGGACGCUGUGUUAUUAAUUGUUUUCAAAUGAGACUAAAUACCACAUGUUUGAGAGUAAAGAAAUUACGUAUGACUUUGAGGUUUGAAUGACGGAGGCUUAACCAGACCUGCAUUACAUUACAUGAGGCUAAAUAAGCUGCUGCUAGAACAAUUGUCCAACACUGUGUAGUUGCAUUGUGGGUAAUCUGGUUGCCUUGUUAGCUGAAGUUCAUCCUUCGGUUUUCAGAGCGCUGAUUUUGUGUUUGUCUCUGCAGAUAUGACUUGGCUCAGAACAACUCCAUCCGUGAGAUCGAGGCGGUGCGAGCUCACGUCUCCCACCUACGAGAGGGCGUCCUGCGGCACUGCAUGAUAGGCGAUAUGAGCUUCAGACCCAAAGCCGAGCUGCAGAGCCUCCUCACCCACUUGGACCAGGUGGACACGGCCAAGAACCCGUGCAUCAGAGAGGCCCGCCGCCGCGCUGUGGUCGAAGUCCAAGCUAUCAUCACCUUCCUCGACCUUCGUGAGGCGCUUGUCUGCCGCCAACCGGGCCCCGGUGAGCACCCCUCACAUCGGGCCGUGUGGCUGGUCCUGGGGAGCCUGUCGGACCUCCAGGCACAGGUGCUGGGCUUCGAUGGGAAGCGGGUUGAUAAGAGCUACAUGAUGCUGGAGGAGCUGCUGACCAAGCAGCUGCUGGCGCUGGACGCUGUGGACCCGCAGGGCGACGAGACCACCAAAGUGGCGAGGAAGCAGGCGGUGAAGUUUGCCCAGAACAUUCUCAACUACCUGGACAUGAAGACGGACGAGUGGGAGUAUUGAUCCGUGAGAAAGGAAAACACUGGAAGGAAGCCUUGAUGCUGGGCGAGGGCGCCCGAUUCAAACACCGCUGCAGAACUGACGGGAGCGAUAAUGGAGGAUGAUAAUGAGUGUAAAUAAAAAAGAAGUCAAAACUGGAACAUUAUCAUUCCAUGGGCUGUAAAUACUGACUCAAAUCCCCAGAAUGCACUGCAGCAGCUCUUUUAUUUCGUCUCUCUGUGGUAGAUGUGGCCGACCCUGCGACACAGAACUCUCUUUGUGGAACACUUUCUUAUUUUGGGUGAAACUCCUGAAUGUGUGAGUUAGUGUGCGUGCGUAUGUGUGUGUGUGUGAGUGAGAUGUCGUCGGUUGUUGUCAUGUUUGGUGUGCGUGGUUGUCGAAGCCUGCUGCUGCCAAAGCACUAAAUAAUGCCUGUUAUCGUAGCUGUUUCCUCCAGACUGCACUUGAUAUUGACUAAUUCCCUGAAUGCGAUGGAUUGCUUCACAGUUGCUUCCCCGUCUGGCCUGAUUUAACAAGUUGAUAGAGCAGAUGUGUGAUUAAAUUCAGUGACCUAAAUAGAAAGAGUCCAGGGCUACUACGAGACCAGGACUCAGCCCAGAACGUGAAACCUGUUGGUUUUAAUCAAAUUUCAAAAUUGAAGAAUAUUCUCGCUCUUUUUUUGCUGCAGAUUAAAUCAAUGGUAGUCUGAUUAAAUUUGUACAGAGAGGGAGAGGGACCAGUUAGAUCUUUUCUUUUCAGGUCUGAAGUUUUUCUUUAAAUUCUGACUUUGUUAUCAGAAUUAUUUUAUUUUGACAUUUAAGAAUUCAGAUCGAGACUCAAAAUUCUUUUUUGUCGUAGUCACACUUAAGAAAUCAGACUUUUUUUUCCAAUUUUCACUUUAAUUUUAGGAUCAAGGUCAGAAUUCUGACAUUUCUCUCAGAAUUUUUUCUUUUUUUAGAGAAGUUACAUUUGAACUUUACAGUUUUGACUUUGAUCUCAGAAAUUCUGGAACUAAAUCCAAAAUUAUGUCAGAAAUUUCAGAAUUUUUUCUUUUUUUACAAAAGUUACAUUUUAACUUUGAUCAACUUUGAUUUCAGAAUUCUGGAAUGAAAUCAAAAAUUCUGAAAAAAUCUAAGAAUUCAGAAUUUUUUCUUACAAGUCUGACUUUAAUCCUGAAUUCUGAGUUUGAAUCAAAAAUUCUUUGCCCUCCCUCUGGUUUUCCAAAAAUUCUGACUUUUUCCUAAUUUUGAACCUCAAAAUUAUGACUCUAUAUUCAGAAAUCUGAGAGUAAGUUCAGAUAUUUUACUUUUUCUGGACUCAGAAUGUUUCUUUAAAUUAUGGGAUCUGGGAAUCCUUUAUCCGGAUUUAUUCCUGAAUUUUGAUUUAAGACUUGCAGUUUUUUUUUCCCCCAAUUUUUACAGUUCUAGUUUAGAUCACAGAAUCCUGACUUUUUGUUAUAAGUUUCUGACGUAUCUGAGAAAUAUAAGAUUAAUUACAGAUUUCUGACUUUUUCACUGGAUUCUGACUUUUAAAAAAAUCUUGGAUAAAUUUCAGAAUUUUGGUUAGAAACACAGUAUCCUGACUUUUAUCUCAGAAUUCUGACUUGAAACUUUGAUAUUUGAGAUCAGUUUAAGUUAUCAGACUUUUUUCUAAUGAUUCUGACUUUGUCUCAAAACUUAGUUCUGUCGGAGGUCUUAAUCCAAACUUUGAUUCAUGAAAAUUCUGGCUUUGGGCUUCUUUAGAAUUUUGGUUUAAAUCACAGAAUCAGAUUUUUUUUAGAGUACACCUGAGACUUUUUUCUUUAGAAUUCUGAAAUUAAAGUCUUUUCAGCGACCAUUUCUUACGGCUUGACUGAAAAACUUUUUAGAGUUUUGUUUUCCCCUGAGAAUUCAGUUUAGAGUUUGAAUUCUGAGAUUUGUCUGAAAAAUAAUGAUAAUGGCCUUAAACUCAGAAUUUAGAGGAAAAGAGACCAUGAAAAAUUUCCAAUGGUCCUUAUCCUCUCCUGAAUGUUUUAAAUCUAAAAAAAUGAAGAUUACGAAUAAAUUCCCCCUGCUGUGAAAUUAGCUUUGAAAAACUGAGAGGGUUUUUUUGUUUUUGGAGCAUCAGAGAGGUGAAACCUCAGAGCCAGAGCUGAGCUGUUUCCACUGCUGCUGCUGCUGUUGACUGUAGGAAAUCUGUGUUUAAACAGAGAUGUAAUUAGAGACGGAUCAGUGGGAGUUUGCAGCCAUGGUGUAAGGUCACCCUCCGCCCCUGUGCCACUCGGUUUAUCCCCCUCUACAUUUGGUCCAUGAUUCUGGUAGCGCUCCAGUUUACAGGAGUGUGGCAGAGUCCUCCCAAAACCCUGCAAACUGCAGCUGUCGCAGGCAGACGGUCGAAAAAAGAAACGUAGACGACGCAUCAAUAAAGAGGGCAGGAAAAGAAAAAUCAGUGCAGGAAUAUAAUCUUGUGUGGCGGCCUGUCAUCUGUGAACAGGAUGUUUGAGAGAGAGCAGGAUGUUUGAGAGAUAAAAGUACCUUCCCCUCUUUGCUGCUUGUGUAGCUGUUAGUCUGUAAUGUGCUUCAAAUGUUUGUUGUGACGUUGUGCGAUCGCGUGAGGCUAUAAAUGGAUCAGGUCUGAAUUCAGAGACAGAGAAGAGGAGGAAUUUAAUUUUUUUUGUUGCUGUUGCUGCUGCUUUUUAUUUCUACCCACUUGCUUUCUCCUGAGUGUGACUCUGAGAGGUCCCUGGAGAGCGAGAGAGUAAGAGGAAGAGGAAGGGAGGCGGCGAUAUCCUCUGGAUUGACACAUCAAGGCUGAAGACAACGGGGCCACAGUUGAGUCCUGUGCAGUGGAGAGUAUUGACGGUGAUCAAGGCCGACUGAGCCUUCUAGAAACUUCUCCGAGCUGCUGCUGCUGCUGCUGCUGCUGCUCCAGACAGUGGGAGGGAGGGAAAAGACUGUGAGAGAAGUCCAAAUCUCUGUGCCUUUAUUUUCACCCUUCCCUUUGAGGUGGUUUGUGUCACGCAGCGACUGAUAAGAAGAGCAGAGCAGCCGCUUUUUUUCUGAUAUGUAUCCAUGCCAGAGCACUGAAUGUGUUUAUGGAGAGCACCUUGGCCGUUAUCGCCACUAGAAAUUUGCACUACUUGUCUGAAAUUUUCAAAUCAGUGUUUAUUCCCUCAAUGAAAACCUAAGCUGGUCACAAAAGGAUAGUAACCCGUGCUGCAGGCAAUAAGAAUUAGUCACCAUGUGCUUUCACACUGCAAACAGCCUCCAUCAUCGGGCUCUUAAGUGCAGCUCGACAACCGAAUCCCAAAAUUCAAAGUUCAAACUGAAUAAUAAGCAGAUUUAGACGCAUCACAGCGAUAUUAUGUAUAAACAAAUAAAUGAAGUCGUCUUGGAGAGAGAAGGAAUCUGAGAUGAUAAUUUCUGCAGAUGAUUCUGAAUCACAGAGUUCAGUUUUGACCUUGGAGACAGCAGCUACAAAAACGACAACACCAUCCUUUUUCCGAAUUGUUUCUAAGCUUUCAAUCAAAUCUUACGAUCUUUACCAGCAGAGAGACUUCUCCCAAAUUUUAACUAACUCCCAAUUUUUAUAAGAAUUCUGAAAAACUCCAAAAACAAUGUUUAUACUCCGACAGAGGAUCUCAAAACUUGAAGCGAAUGACGACUCAUCUAUGGAGCAUUUUAGCCUCUUUCAGCUUAUUUAGUUUUCAUGUGGCAGCUCAACUCGAAUCUAACCAACGUCAUGAGCCAACACUACUGCUGCUGGGGACUAGCUGGAGAACAAUUAGAGCAAUUAGAGCUAGAUGUUACUGCAGUGAGUCGGUGGAGACCAAAAAAGGAGCUAAAAACGAUAUGACGUGAUUCCAAAUAAGGGCAUCUGUCAACUCAGUGGUUCCCAAACUUUUCCUGCAGGGUCUCCUUCUCUAUAUACACUUAAAACUCAGUGUGUUUUGUGUUUAAACUGACGUCUGCGCAAAAUUACAAAGUUGAAAAAUUGAAAUUGAAAAAACCAACAAACUGAUUUUGUAAUUCAAGACAUUUGAAGUGAAACAGUAGAUGUACAAAACAGUGGACAUUGAUUUUACGAAGCCCUGCUGCAACCCCCAUUAGAACCUCUUGGGGGCAGGGGCGUGUUCUGGCUUUUUGGAGGGGGGGUGGCCUAAUUCAGGCGCCAACAUUGGGAGGGGUGGCCGGAGUAGGUGUGGCAAUUAUCCCCUCCGUCUUCGACUAUAUUCAUGUUGAAGUACAAUACAUUUGUUACACUCCUAUGUUUAUUUAUAGUACCGUAAAAAGAAACAGCAAAUUUGCUUCACAUGUGUAAAUCUUCUAAUAUGGAAUUUUUAAAAGGUACAGUACGUAGAAAUGGGGAUAUUUAUUUCUGGUGGUCAGAUUCUUGAUUGAAGUGGUUUGGCCCAAGGGGUGGCCAAACAGAUGCCAAGGGCCAGUGCCACCCCUCUGACACACCCCUGCUCGUUGAAAGUUUAGGAAUCACUGUAUUUCCUAUUUGAUCUUCCAUAUCAACUCUUAAAGUGACAGUACGCCUAUUGUUCAUUUGUUGUUCACAGCAGUGCCCUAAAGUGACUGAAAUAUCAGUCACUACAGAUUAAAAAAAUGAAUAAUAACUCAUCACCAAUUCACCAAGUAUGGCAGCAAAGAUGAUACUUUCUCAAACGUUUUAACUGCUGCAGUCUUGAUUAAAAAGUCCUAAAGUGCUUUGAAAACCAUCCAAGCAACAACUGCCGAAGUAAACCGUGUCAUCAGCGAAAAAUCAACGACUAAAUGGAUCUUAAUGUUCGAUAUUUGGCGUAAAGAAACUCCUUAAGGAUGAAAAACUGAAGCUUUUGAUCUCGUCUGAUUGUGGCAGACAGCUGAUGAUAUCCAAGGCUGACAACGCUUCUCCUUUGAUUUUCAUCGUCUUCCCUUCUUUCUCCUCUUUGCAGUGUGAACACAAAAUUUAAGGGUCAAAUGUCCGAAUAGCUGUGAUCUUUGUCACUCGUCGCAGCUUCUCUGACAGUCGUCCUGCGUGUCACCGCUUUUUGGACGCACAAAACACAAAAUCCGACGAACUCCCUUCGGACCCUUUUUUCGUGUGCAUUAAGCUGCUGCUGGAGGCUUUUUUUUCUGGCUGGUAGCCUGCAGCUCGGCCUCCUGGGUACGGAGCUGAGUCAUGCGGGAGGAGAUUAGAUUAAACAGCGUUCAUUAAACAUUGUCAGCCUGCCUGCCUGCCUGCCUGGCUGCUGUUGCUACAGAUGCUUUCUCACAGUGAACCUUAUGCUCUCUCAGACCAAACCAACCCGGACACACCUUAAGUUCUCGUGCUCUUUUUGUAUGCAGUAUUAGACAUAUAAAUAUUGUACAUUUGAUCCUCGCAGUUCGCUGCAUUUCUGUACAUUGCUUGCUUUUGAAACGUUCAUCUGAAUAAUUUAUCAAAAAGUUUUACACUAUAUAAAGAAAUGUUACUUAGAUCUUUUUCUGCAUCUUUGUUUGAAGUCUCUCAAAGCCACUUUUUAUUCAGUAUUAUCCACGCCUUCAGGGGUGGGCGUCCUGGCAACCCUACAGAUUUAUACUGUGGUUCAAACUUCGAAGGAGGUAGGCAGCGAGGUAAACGUUUCUAAAAAUGUGGAGGCUGUUUGUUGUCGUCCAUGCCGGCGAGAUUGUGCGAGUAAUCCGUCCGGGAGUCACAGCUUUUUACUUGUGCGCCUCGUGAACAUACAGCGUAAAGUCACAAACCAGUUUCACUUCGGAGAGCUUGAACUGACAGCAGUGUUUUGACAGAUUUCUGUAGCUGUAUGUGAUCAAUAGGAGGACAAAUUGAUUUUCUAGCUCCAAAAAUAACGCUUACUUAUUUUUAUGAAAACGAGUAGUCCGUGCAUGAGUGUGAAUGUUUGUUAAUGACUGAUCUGUAGGACUAGGAACCAUCAUAAAGCAACAUUUAAAUAUAAAAACGCAGAAAUUUUCUUGUUUUUCAAAUUGUUUUUCUCUCUAAAAGACCAAAACUACACGUCUCUUUAAAAAAACCUCAAAGCUUUUAAAUAUAAAGGCUGUAAAAACUGUAGAUUUAUGAACGUCAGGAGCAUUUGUGAGGAUUACUUCCAUCUGCAGAUUGAUAGAAAGAGUCAUCUGGUCCAACAGUGGAUAUGUUUACAUGGACCGAACUCUCUGUUUUAUCCCUGUUCUGAAAAUGACAAUAUUCUCCUAAAUGGGUUUAUGUAACAAGCACAAAUAAUACUGUCAGCUGCAUACGCCUGACACUGAAAUCAGCGAACUCUGCAGGUCAUAAUUUGGACAUAUUUUAGCUUGAUGCACUUAGAAUAUGACUUCAGUUAAAUCUGGAUUAUUUCAAACAAAAAAAAAACCCUGUUGUCAUUUUACAGCCAGAAUCUGUAGCUUUUAUUUUACAACUCUCAAAUAAGUAAAAAGUGCAUCAGUAGUGCAUCAGAUUAUUUCCAUCUGAGAUUAACUGGUGAAUAAGUAAAAAUCUUUAUAUCGAGCAGGAACCUCCUGUGAAAAGUGCAAAAAAAAACACAAAAAAAACUGCAGUUCCUCUUUUGUCCACUAGAGGCUGACCCCAAAAGGCCACGACUUCCCAUUAACAACCAUGUUAACUUUUACUGCAAAGUUAAACCUGCUUUUUAGGAGCUGAAUUAGACCGUAAACUCUUCUGACUUCAGUUCCUGAAUAUUAUGGAAGAUGAGUUUUUGAAAACACACCUAUUAAGAUCAUUUAAAAGAGUUAUAGAUACAUUUGCAUAAAUAGUUGUUGUGGCUGUGUUUUCCUAAUUGCCAGGAAGUUAAAUUUUACUUCCACUUCAAAGUUAGCACCAACAGGGUGAUCAAUAUUGGUGGGCUUUGAUAAUAUUGAUGGAAAGCAGUCAUUCUCCCUUCACUUCAAUUUUGUCAUAAAUGGGAAACCUGUUCGAUUUAACCUGUUUUAUAAUCUGAAUGAUCGUUUUGAAGUCGUGUGCAUGUAAACAUAUUAACUGACUCAUUUGAUGGGUUUGAUUUUAAUCGUUUUGAGACCAAGAUGAAUCUCUGUGACUCACAGGAUUAAGAUAUAUCAAUCUUUUGACACACAGAGAGCUUAUUAAGAUAAUGGAUUUAUUGUUUCGCUCAGAUUUAACACAGUGAUAAAAGCUCCUAAACUGUUAAUCCAGUCUUCUUUGAACCUGUUUUAAAAAAAUCUGUCUUGGAUAGGGUUUAAAAUGUCACUGGAUUAAUACAGAGGUUUAAAUAAUAAUGCAAAAUUUAAAAAUCGAAGCACCUUACGCUUAAAUAACCUGGCGUACAUGUCCCUCCGGUCUGUAUUCACAGUCCUCUCCACUAAGAUGCUCUGUUUCCCUGAACACACACACAGGACUAAAACACUAAAAGCAGCUCCAGGUCGUCUUGAAUAUCUGAACUUGGUGGCACUGGAGUCCAUUAGUGGAGAGUUUCAGGUCCGGUGGGUAUUGGAAGGCAGCUGUUUGACGUCUAUAAGCCCUUUAAAGGACGAAGCAUUCACACUGGAAAACAAACACUGAGUGUCCUGAUGAUAUCAGGUUUGAUUCUCCUUCCUUUAGUGUGAGCGUAGUCGAUGAAUAAUGUUUGUUUUCUUUACUUAUUAUGGCGCCAAAGUUUAUUUCAGUAAGGUGAGAUUAUAAUACUUUAGAGGGAACAGAAAGGAUUUGGACUUGAUGGGAGAGGAUGAAGUUUAUGGUUGGAAAAGGAAAAUUUAAGAUCUGAAUUUUCAAGAAUCGGACAAUUGGAUUAUUUUUAAAUAAGAGAAAACACUUUUUCCAACCACAACAAAAUGGACUCUGAGUGAUUAAGUUAUUUAAAAGAGGCAACUCUGAGGUUCACCUGUGAGACCAGGUGUGCAUUAUUAGGUGUUCAAACCUCAAUGUGAACCAAUCAGAGCGAGGCUGUAGUACUUGUUCUGCAUUACAGUAUAAUCCAGUUUUCUAAACUCGGCCAUCUUGGAGGAUUACAUCUGAACUUUGUCAUUACGCGUUGGUUUCUAAUGAAUCCCUGUAACAUCUUUAUUGGCACCUGUACUUCUUGAUUUUAAUGUUUUCUAAACCAAAGGAAUCCACUUUUCUCCGUCCCAAAGUUUGAGUCCAGUAGGUCCACAAGCGGCUGACAGUUUUCGUCAUCGUUUCCCAACAAAAGGAACUUUUUUUGCCACAGUGUCAAGAGACAGAGGUUGAAAAUCACAAACUACUUUUUCUGGAUUUGUUCUGAUGUUGAUUGUCAAGAGUUCAUUACUGCUUUUAGAAGGUUUUGACCAAUCUUAAUAUAUGCAGCGUUUGUAUUCCACACGUCUUUAUCGUGGGAAAAAACUCAUUGUACCAAAUCUGAAUAUGUUUGAGCUCAAGUUCAGCUGGUGCAACAUCCUGCUGAUUUCAGAGAACCCACUUUAAAAAGGAACGGAGGCUGCAAAUUAAGAUAAAAAUGAUCUUCCUUGUUGAGCUGAAUCCCUCUUUCUGUCGUGCACUUUUUAUGUUUUCAUGUCUCUUCGUUUUUCACUGUUUUGCCUUUCUUUCUGCGAAUGACAGGAAUGUGUUCAGCGAGAGAAAAAGGGGGUUCUGCAUUGCUGUUAUUUUCCAGAUACGUUUUCUUAAGUCGCCUUUAACUGCAUUGAUUGUGACAGGCUUUUUUGCUGUUUCUCCUCUGAGACGCGCUUGUACAAAAAGCACACUAAGACAGGAAAAAAAUAAUAAUCUGUGUGAAUGCUCCAUGGAUGGUUGUGUUUUGAAUUUGUAUUCUCACUGUAAAAUAAAGACAGUGUGUCUCGAACACUGAAUCUUGAUGCCUUUUCUGGUUAUUCCUGAGUCUUGCUGCUCUCCGGGGAACACGUGAGAACCUCUUCUCAAGGUGAUCGCGAUCAGCUGAAAGUUUCCAAACGCUCUCUCUCUCUGGUUAUUUUCAGAAAACGUACAGUUUAUCGUCAGGGGACGGCAGAUAAAAACAUUUCAUGGACCACAAACUGACUCUCUGCUGUAAGAGGGGCAUUAAAAUUUCAGCUGAUGCUCUCAUCCGGAGCAAGGUGUCUCUCGCACAAGGGCACUCUGAUAAGACACAUGGCUGCUGCGGGAAUCAAACGUGCAAUCUUGCAGAUACGGGAUAGUUUCAGUGAGAGAUAAAGUUAAAUCAAGCGUUUACACUUCAGAUGCUGAGGAAAGGAAAGAUACAGUUAAAGGACAAGUAAGCAAAAGUCACGAACUGGUGAAAAAUACAAAGGAAGCGUUUUAUCGACUGCUGCCUCAAACAUCGUGAAUAAAUUAGCUGUAAUAAUAGAGACAGAAAGACAUGCUGGGUUAGCAGUGUAUGAACCAUAGACUGUAUAUACUAUGGACAACUUGGUUCCACCUUCCACCUGUAUACGGAUUUGAAGCCGAAAAGCUCUCUGUAAUUCUGUGUUUUUCUUCAUUUCCUGAAACCAACAUUGCGCUGUAGCAUUGUGCGCAUGUGACAGGAGAGUCGCAGAGUUGCUGUGAUGACGCUCGGCUCAAACAGCGUAACCCUGGGUGAGCUACGCAAUCUUCGUACCCCCAUAGGCUGUAUCAAGUGUCAAUCAUAGAAAACAUGAACCCCCUAAUAACUUUUAAAACCGGAGCUGUACAGAAAAAAGAGGACUUGAGCACAAACCAGUCUUACAGUAACUACAUGUCAACAUCGCAAGCAGGGGGGAGAAACAUUUAUAUUCUGUGUAAUAAAUUUCUAAAGUUUGUCUACAGCUCCAUAGGGAUUGCUGGAGGAGGCAGGAUUUAUGACCUAUACUGCAGCCCGUCACCAGAGGGUGCUGUUCUCGCGGUGGCUUCACCCAGCGAGGAGGCAGACUGUCCAUUCUAUAUUCAGUCUAUGGUUCUGCACAAAUGCGACAGGUAACAUGUUUACAACUUAUCUUUCUUAAUUUCACGACAACAACUCUGUAACUCGUACACGCACACACAGGUUAUUCUCCCCAUUCUCAGAGUGAUGCCUUCACUGACAUUAUGGAGAGCUUAGUAACGGCCUUAAUGAGAAAUAACAUUACUGACAAGAAAUUCAGUCCAUCACAGUAAGUUACACUUCGACAAUCGUCAAUGUAACAAACAAGUCAUAUUUUCCUCAUGUCAAUCUUAAUUUAUUUGUGUUCAAACCAGCUCUAUACUGUCUGCUGUUUUAAGUAUAAAUGUUUGUGUUUCCUAUCUUACUGGUAGUCACUGAUUUUUUAAGUUUAUUUAGCAGCAAAGGUGCCCAAAAACAGAGCUAAAGAAGAACAAGCAUUCAUAUCCAUGAUUUUAAAAAAUAAAAGUAAAUUAAAACUUAUUACAAAUUUUGAUAACAUAAUUUUAUGGUAUAUUUGAAUUAAUAAAGUCGUACAGAGAAGCUGAGUAAAGAGAAAAGUGACGUUUUCAAUGGCUAACACUAGCAUAGUGGCCUCGCUUAUAUAAUACUCAGUAUUAUCAGUCUCGGCUCAUCUUUGCUUUUCUUGUCACGCUAAAAUAAUCUCUUCUGACCAAAAUCUCUCACCUUGCUGACUCUUGACAGUCAAAUAUAUCAUUAAUUAUAGAUAUUUUAGGUAGAGAUAUGAAUUUAAAUCUUGAAAAGUUCUCCUCACUGGAGUUUUAACACGUGACAUUCAAGUUUCAGUGAGAAACUUUCAGUUUGUUUUGGUUUCAGCGCCCCCCUGUGGACAAGUAGAUUAAUUUUUAUGCUGAUUUUGUUUUUUUAAAGAUCUCAUACUGCCUUUUAGUGUCGCUCACGGAUAAUAUUCACCUUAAAACUGUACAUGAAGUUUGUUACUUUAUCUGACACCCACCCCGUCACAGCGGUCGACAAAUAAUAAAUAUUUCCAGUCAGUCUUGAUCGCUUUUGUGACUCAGACACUCAAAGAUAACACUUCAGUUUCUCUUUGCUCAGAGCUCUUGUUGAAGUUAUUUUCAGACUGAAGUUCAGGGUUCGAGUCUGAAUGAGAGUCUUUCAACUGAGAAUCUAAGGUCCACAGAGGUCCGGCUUCCUCGCUCAUGCUCAGUCUCCCUGGUGAUGAUGGGAUGCAGGUCAGAGGGUUUCAGGGGUUUUCCCAGAGAAGAUCACACCAGGACCGAGACGAGACCACGGUCACGUUUGCCGGUUUCUGACCGCCAGUCCGCCUCCACAGAGAGACUCUCCAAGUGUGGGAUCGGCUGACCUUUCACAUGGUGAGCGGCGAACACUGAGCCUCUCUCAGCUCGAGCUCACGUCCGCCCUCCAUCAUCGGCAGUGAGCGCAGCACUAACACACUGAGCGCAGCCACCCUGAGGUCAGGUCCAUUUACAUUUGGAGGGUUUGAGCUGCUGUUUUUCAUUCACAGAGGCGGAGAGUCUGUGAAAACGGAGGAAAAUCUGAACAAAUUCCUCGACUGCCAAGUGUUUCUUUUCACGGAGAAUCUCUGCCAAAACGCCAUGUUGCUUUCCGCGUCUUUGAUGCGUUUCCAAAUGACAUGCUGGAGGGGGACAUGGUAAGUGGGUUUUAAUCUGCUUAAUAACGCUAAAAGACAGGCUUAGACUCAAACUGAGACAAAUGGAGAAGACUCAUCGAACAUCCACAGUUACACGAAAACCGGGUUUCUUUUGAGGAAGAAACCAUCAAUGUGGAGUUUCAACCUGGAUGUAUAAAAAGCAGAUAUCUGUUUCCAAGAUACAAAUACAUCCAUCCAUUAACUUUUGUUCUGCUGGGGGUGGAAACAAUCCUACGCUGAGGACACCUUGGACAGGUUUUCAGCUCAUUACGGAGCCAAUGUACUGUGGGGCUAAAGACAGACAACUAGGUGCACUCACACUCACACCUAUGGGUGAUUUAGAGAGUUGGCCUAAAGUGCAUGUCUUUAGAAUGAAGGAUGAAGCCAGAGGUAACCCACUCAUGCAUGAGGGAAACAAGCAAACUCCAACCCUUACUGCGGUGAGGUAAAAAUAUACAAUACCGCAGGAUCUGGAGAAAGUGUAACUCCCAUAUGAUAAAGUCUGCAGAUGUCACCAUGAGGGUUAAUAUCUGGUAAGCUGUAAUUUUGCAACAUCAACGCUGCAACACAAAGAUAACGAAGCAGCUUUUUCUGUCUUUAGUAACUUAGAGGUAGACUUUAGCAAGAAAUACACUCACAACAAGGGAUGUUAGGGAUGCACAGUGUUGUAUUCUAGCCUAUAUCCAAUAUGCUGACAAUUCCAACCUAAUUUAAGGUAUUAAUAAGUGCAUUUUUUGUCUUUUUUCAUUGUAAAUUUAUCAGUAGAGGCCCUCAUUUUCAAAACUAGUGCAUCUCACUAAACUCAAGUCAUAGCAAAGUUACUAAUGGUGUCAAACCACUGAAAUAAAGAAAGAUUAACCCUAACCCAUAACCC